UCAGAAGUGACAUCUUGCUUACUACUUUGCAUGUGAUCACUGAUUGGCCAAUCAGUGAUCACAUGAUCGGGACCUCGUACAGAGGUCCCGUCCGACGAUCGGUGUUUCACUGUGUCCGGAGGACACAGCGGGCACCGGAUCGCGGUGCUGCGCGCUCCCAGGGAGCGCGCACAAGCAGGGUAAUCUGCUGCCUGUAUGGUGAGAAUGUUCAGGGCAUGUGAGAUAUGACCAUAGUAUCAAGGUUAGGUUAAUGCUCUCAUAAGUUGUAU